AUGUUCCCAAAUACACAGACCACCCGAGAACAGCUUCCACGUCGAACAGACAGUCUGGUAGCCUCCAAAGGCCCUUAUUUUGUAGAAAUUGAGGAUGAAUUACGCGACAUCAAACGUGUUAAUGCCCAGGGCCAGGAGGAGGACCUCAGGCUUGCACUCAGCCGGAUGAUCGCCAGGGUGGAGGAGCUCGUACGCCGUCUCUUCCUCUUCCCUGCUCUCCAGACAUCCAUGUUGAAGGAGGCCUUCAAGGCGCAAACCGACCUCCAGACCGAAAUCACCCUCUCCAAGUCGAACCUUCAGCUCGCACUAGCAAAUAACGAGAUGCUCGAGGAUGCGCUGAAACGAGAAGGCGGUGGGCAUGGUAAGGAUAUUGGGUGGCGACGCUGGAGCGCGAAAGAGCAGAAAGAGCGUGAAGCAGAGGAGGAACGACGUCGCAGCGUCGACAGCGCAGGUCCGCAUGAUACCGCACGCAACUCUCCCGCCCCGUAUGCCUCGCCGAUGCCGUCGUUAAUGCCCAAUACUGCUGUCACUUCACCACUUCCCUCCUCCGAGGGCCGCUUCUUUAAAUUCCGCUUCGGCAAUAGUAGUGCAACGACAAAUAGCUUUCCGACUUCGCCGCGCCUGCCCAGUGCCAGUGGGAGCAAAUCGCCAAUCCCCAGCGCACAGCACUUAACCUCUGCGUCCUUGCCGUCGCUCAUCCCAGCACGCGAGCAUGAAAAGGAGAUCGAGGAGCUGACUGUUGAACUCAAACGCGAACGUGAAGCACGCAAGACCAUCGCCGCACAGAAGGAUGCGCUCGAAUCCGAACUCGAAUCGCUUUCGCAAGCACUGUUUGAAGAGGCGAACAAGAUGGUGUCCACCGAGCGUAAGAAGCUUGCGGAGACGGAGGAUGAACUGAAAGAAUUGCAAGCGGAGCGUGAAGCCCUCCGCAACGCCCUCCGCCUCGUUGAGCGUCAGAGCCAUGGAUAUUCCAACGGCAUAGACAGUACAAUCGACGAGAAUUCAGCCUCUGCUCUUGGACAUGCGCAUACUGGUUCGACAUCAUCUGCCCGAGCGGUUAAAUCACCUCCCUCGACAAGAUCCUCCUCUCCAAUCUCACCAGAUGCAGACGCAGACGCAGACACAGACUUGGAAACAGACCUGGAAGCAGACCCUGACGGUGAGACGGCUGAUAUGGAUGAGGGGCCUGUCUCAGCGGGUACAAUCAUCGCAUCAUACAUGCAUCGGCCUCCGCCUCUGAACCUCGCACCUGCGGAGCCCUUGUUCCUUCCACCCUCCUCAUCGCCUAAGGACCAAGAGCAAUCCAGCACCACUUAUGAUACACAAACGACACAUUCUGGGGCCCAAUCGGCAUUGAGAUCGUCCUCACAGUCAUCACUUGUCAAGCCAUCGCCGAACACGGUCUCUCCAGAAGUUGGCGGCUACGUAUAUCCACUCAUGCGUACGGGGUUUCUUCCAAGCGAAACGUCCCCUUGGGACGAUUAA